CAGAACCAGGGAGUUAGGUUUAUCGUCUUCUUCUAGCUUUCUCCCUCUCUCAGACCACGAUUUCGUUGUAAGGGUUUAGGGUUUUACAGGGAAAUGACUUUCUAAUUCAUAGCUUGUGAAUGCGUGGAUCCAUUUCGUCUGGGUCCGCUUCGAUAACUAAAAGGUUCCUUCUUUAUAAACAUCGCCUGCAUAUACCUAAUCCCGUAGCUCCUCCCUCCUCUAGACUCUGUGGUUCACGAGCUUUCUCUAAUCACCGAGAUACUCUGAGAAGCGAUCUCCAAAAUCUCCACCUUGACGAAGCUCUCGAUCUAUUCACUCGCAUGUCUCACUCCCGCCCCCUCCCUUCCUUGGGCGAUUUCACCAGACUACUCGCCGCAAUCGCCGCAAUGGAGGAGGAGGAGGAGAGGUACGACGUCGUGGUCUCUCUCUUCGACCAGAUGCGAAGAAUCGGAGUCUCGCCUCUUCUCUACACCUGCAACAUCGUAAUCAACUCUUUGUGCCAAUCCUCUCGGACUUAUUACACUGCUUUCGCCUUUCUUGGGAAGAUGUUGAAGCUUGGGUUCGAGCCUGACUUGUUCACGUUUACUUCCCUUCUCGGCGGGUUAUGUAAUAGGAAUAGAGUUGGUGAUGCAGUAGCUUUGUUUGUUAAGAUGGUGGAGAUUGGGUGUAGGCCUAAUGUUGUUACCUACACGACUCUGAUUCACUGUCUUUGCAAGAACAGACACGUGGAUCACGCGGUGGAACUAUUCAACCAGAUGGAAAGGGACGGGGUUAGAGCCAAUGUUGUUACCUACAACUCUUUAGUAAAAUGUCUUUGUGAUUGUGGUAGGUGGGGUCACGCAGCUCUGCUUCUGAGAGAUAUGAUGAAGAGGAGAAUCAGCCCGAAUGUGAUCACUUUCUCCGCGUUGAUCGACGCGUUUGCUAAAGCUGGGAAGGUUCUGGACGCUGUGGAACUGUUCGACGUGAUGAGGGAGAUGUCUAUAGAACCUAACGUUUUCACUUACAACUCUUUGAUCAAUGGGUUUUGCAAGCACGGUCGUUUAGAAGAAGCUAUGAGAAUGUUUUACUUGAUGGAGAGAAAGGGCUGCGUCCCGGAUAUAGUGACUUAUACUACUCUCAUACAUGGAUUCUGCAAGUCCAAGAGGGUAGAAGACGGUGUGAGGCUCUUUAAGGAGAUGUCCCUGAAAGGACUAGCUGCCAACACAGUCACUUACACGGUCUUUAUCCAGGGCUAUUGUCUAGUGGGCAAACCUGAUGUUGCACAAGAAGUGUUCAACCAGAUGGGUUUUUCUCACAAUGCGCCUCCCGAUAUCAGGACCUAUAACGUUCUGCUAGAUGGUCUGUGUUAUAACGGGAAGGUGGAGAAAGCACUGAUGAUAUUUGAGUACAUGCGGAAGAGAGAAAUGGAUGUUAGCAUCGUUACGUAUACCAUUGUGAUUCAAGGGAUGUGCAAGGUUGGUAAGGUGGAAGAUGCUUUUGAUUUGUUUUGUAGCCUUUUCUCCAAGGGAAUGAAGCCUAAUGUUGUAACGUACACUACAAUGAUAACGGGAUUUUGUAGGCGGGGACUAAUCCAUGAAGCUGAUGCGUUGUUUAGGAAAAUGAAAGAAGAUGGCUUCUUACGAAAUGAGCGUGUGGCUUAAGUAGGUGAACUCAUGCUGAGUUAGAGAUACCAUGAUGCUUUUGAUCUCAAGCAGUUUCGGGAGAGGACACACAGGUUAUAGUAUAUAUCAGGUGUAGUUUAGAUUUGCCAUACGUCGACAGCUACAUGAGUUCUGUAAUGAUUCAUGGUACAAGGAGAUGGCAUCUUGACAGUUUUGUUUUCGUUGAAGACUUGUUUCUAUCUUCAAGGUGCUGCAUUAUUGAAGUGGAAUAGUAUUCUCUAGAAAUAUAAUCAAUGUAUAGAUAGAUAGACGAGAAGGUAUAUGUGUGUAGGACAUGUAAAGAUUGGUCAAGAAGCUUGUUGAGCUUUGUGUCUUAUGAAUCUCUCUACUGGUGUAAAGGGAUUUAGAUUUUGUGAAGAAAUCCUUUUGGACUUUAAUGAAUGUAAACUACGACAUUAUUAUC